AUGGCUACUCCAGAGGGUGUUCAACAGAAGAUAAUAGCAGAGUUGAUCUCUGAGCCCGACGAGAAGAAAACUCAAGCAAGACUUGCUCAAGCAAAUGGCGACAAGUCCACUGUCAGGAGGCUAUGGAAAGAGAGUUUUCCAGAACUUAACCUCCAGAUUUCACACAAUCAAAGAUGGUCAUACGAACCUUCAGAACAAGGAGAAAACUUAACUGUCAACGGAAGUCGGGAAGGGCGGCGUUCGCCUCCUACCAAUCAACCCCAAGACCCUCAGGACAAACAAACUUUAGAGCGUGUAAAGGUGCUGUUGAAUGAGUUGAACGCGCGUGGAGCGCAGUUGCUGAAUCAUAAGUGGAGAACAGAAGAAGCUUGCAGUGCCAAGGAAGAACAACUAGCUCAUUACUAUGCUCGCACUCUAGCGAUCGUCGUGAUGUUAACGAAGGAAGUAGUGGACGAGACUGAUGACCAGUACAGGACUACAAGCACCAAUGGAAACAGAUCGUGCUCUGAGGGUUUUAAUAUUACAGAGGACUUAGAAUCUGGAGACCCAACAGCUUUCAAAGGGGAUCUUGAUAGACGAGAGUUAGAGGUGGACUACGGUUGCUCGACUUCGGAUCCCGAUCUAUUCGAAGGACUCGUCGAUCACGCACGGCAUACACCUUGGUGGCUUGGCGCCGAAGGCUACGAGGACCUGACAGUGCAGUGGUUCGAGCUUGAUGAAGAAGGACGCGAAAAGAUAGCAGCUAUCGAGCGAGAUAUCGUAGAAGAGAGAGAUCCACAUACGACUCAGUGCAACACAAAACCCACGACGACUACGCAUGACUCAUGCUCUUGUGGCGAUAAAUGCUGGAUGCUAGAAGCUCUCGAGAGGAGAGAACAAAUGUACCCGAAAGACGGUCUAACGAGAGAAGAACAAAACGCGGAAUACACCGAGAUGGUUUACAACAACGAAUACCAAUGCAUUACAGGCAAGGCACAAAACAUUUUGAAGACUCUUGAAGAGGACAACUCUAGUCGCGGCAAGCACAUUACCCGAAAGGAAGAGCAGUGCCUGAAAGAGAUCUUGGCACUUGCGAAGGGAAAGGAAAGGGACGAAGAACCACGAGAGCGAGAGCGGGGAUUGAGAACAGACGAACCAUUUGAUAGAAGAAUUAUUAGCUUGAGGAACUAUUGCAAAUGGGUCGGCAGCCGUCAACACUUCGAAGUUGAUGCUGAAGUUCUUGAAUUGACAAAGAGACUGCUGGCCGCCGUCGAAAGACAAAAAAACGAACAGCAGGCUUGUUCAGAUUAG